AAAACUGAAAGAACUAUGCCUGCUAUUUAUGCCUGUCCUGGGAAGUGUGUGAGUGAAUAUUCACAUUCUAAAGCCGAGAACCUGCAGUUUUGGGGAAGGCAGUGGCGUAGCCAAGUGGUAUCCAUGUCAGGAGGAUGUCUGACUCUUACUUCAGCUUGCCUUGCAACAAAAGACGUUCCAGGAGACACAAAGGGAGACCUCAGUAGCAUGAUAGCUCAAGGCAUCUCGGGGCUCAUGCGGCCCUUUUUAAGUGGACUGAAAGUGAGUAAAACUCACUUUGUUUAUUUCUGUGAGGUGACAGAGCAGAAUUGCAUACGAUCAAAGCAGGCGUCAAGAAGAGGCUUCAGCUCUACAUGCAAGCUCCAGAGUGCUCCUGGAGAAUCAAGCUCUGCAGAUCCAGUGAUGGUGCAUUUCAUAAAUCGAGAUGGAGAGAGACUCACAACCACAGCCAAAAAAGGGGAGAGUCUGCUGGAAGUGGUAGUCAACCAGAACUUGGCCAUUGAUGGAUUUGGUGCAUGUGAAGGGACAUUGGCCUGCUCCACCUGUCACCUCAUCUUUGAGAAAGAUGUCUUUCAAAAGCUGGAUGCCAUCUCAGAUGAAGAGAUGGACAUGCUGGACUUGGCAUAUGGGCUCACUGAGACAUCUCGCCUUGGAUGCCAGGUGCGCAUUAAGAAGUUUAUGGAUGGUAUGACAGUGCAGGUCCCUGUGGAAGUAUCAGACAUUAGGAGUCAGCUGGAGGUUGGAAAGCAAAGCAAACAGUAACUGGAAAAAGCUCCUGCCAAGCCUGUUUCCUUCAGGUGUGGUGGGACAUUUUGCUUUAUGUUAAUGGCAGUACUCUGCAGCUGAUUUACAGUAGACAAGAGAAGUCUGAUAGUAGUAUAUAUGACUGUUCAGUAAUCUCUUAUUUAAACAGAGCUAAUGCUAGGAUUUUCAACACAAGUUUUAAAUAAGUGCUUCAGUGUUCUCAUGAGCUCAACUAGAUGAAUUCCCCAGGUGGGUGGCAGCAAACAUCUGGCUGUGUGUAACUCACCAUCUCCUUUUAAAUGUAAGGAUUCCACUAUUCUAUGUAGCUACUGGGAAUUUUGUGAUGUUCUGUUACUGAACUGCAGAGCAGAUUUUUCCCAGUUUGGGAAGCUUGAGAAGAGAUAGCUGUUCCAAAUGCAAGACCGUACUACUUGGCUUGAUAACACCAACAAGUUUGGUCUGCUUAGCAGGAACAUUUGAACGCAUGUCACUGAAUUGUUGUGUUAUGCUAAUUUCUCCAAAUAUCACAUUUUCCCAUUAAUGUCCUACAGUGUACAUAAAAUAAACUACUAAUAAUCAGGCUUUUA